CGACACGAUACCCCGUCGGAUUUAACGCAGUUUGUCGCUGGAUUCUCAUUUCCAACGACUGAUUCAUCUCAUCAUGGUUCGACACAAGAAGGACAACUUUUCGCGAGGAGGAAAGAAAUUCUCCAACCCCCGCCCACGCCCAGUACCCCGCGGUGACGGUGAAGCCUCCUCCCGACUGCCCUUCAAGGCCGCCUGUUGGGAUCUGGGUCAUUGCGACCCGAAAAGAUGUUCGGGGAAACGGUUGAUGCAGCAUGGGUUGAUGCGAGAAUUGUCGAUUGGACAAAAAUUCCCGGGAGUCAUUGUCUCUCCGAAUGCAAAGAAAAUCCUGUCCCCGGCCGAUAGCGAACUACUAGAACAAUUCGGUGCUGCAGUGGUGGAGUGUUCCUGGGUGAGGGUGAAGGAAGUCCCGUGGUCACGCAUCGGCGGGAGAUGCGAAAGACUCUUGCCCUACUUGAUCGCCGCCAACACAGUUAACUACGGAAAACCUUGGCGACUCAACUGCGUCGAAGCGCUCGCGGCUUGUUUCUGUAUCUGCGGACACGAAGACUGGGCCCGCGAAGUCCUCCAACACUUUCCCUACGGCGAGGCAUUCCUUGAGAUCAACCACAAGCUUCUGAAGCGAUAUGCCGCUUGCAAGACCGAGGAGGAUAUCAAGCGGACAGAGGAGGAGUGGCUGGCUAAGAUCGAGAAGGAAUAUGAAGAUAGCCGCGCCGAAGGAGGUGCCGAUGAUAUGUGGACCGUCGGAAAUACGAAUCGGACAGCCGUGGUAGAUUCCGAUUCGGAGGACAAUGACGACGAUGAAAAGAGCGACAAGGACGAGAAUGAGGACGAAGAAGAAGAGGACAAAGAUCCCUUCGCUAUUUCCGACGACUCAGAGGAGGAAGAGCAAAUGGCCGAAAUUCGUCGCAAAAUUCUCAGUUCGAAGGCGUUCCAGAAUCCUUCGAUUCCCGACAAACCGGAACCCGAAAAGAUCGCGCAUCCGGAUCCCAAGCCGGCUGAGGACUCAGAUGCCGAGUCUGGGUCUGCUGAGGGUAGUGAUGAUGAAGCCUUUGACAAUAUCAUCAAUGCGACGCCCGUGACGGAUCGAACGGGAAUCAUCGCCGCGUCGCAGAAGAAGAAGAAAGAGACCUACAGUGCGUCGUUUUCGCGCACUACGAUAGAUGCCCCCAAGAGGUGGUAGAUGAUGAAUUCUAAACCUCGACAAGGUGAUGCGUCUAAAAUGCCUCUCCAUAGUGAUUUCCUGCACUUUAUCGUUCCAAAACCAUCGGCGUGGACGGCCAUACAGCGGGACCUGGUCGCGGGAUCAGAUUUACAACUAAAAUGUGAGGACGCGUGAAAUCGACGCUGAAAAUGACUGCUACUGAGGCCAUCUAACCGUAACUCUCAGCAGCGAGCCGCCGCCUUAAUGUCUUCACGUGUUAUGCAUCACUAUUCUACGCUCGCCAAAUGCUUCUUAGUGUUGUGAUUCGCACUCGACCUCAGCGAGCUUCAGUCUGUUUUGACUCUUGACUAAAACGACGCCGUAGCUGGCGUCCCGUCCCUUCAGCUCAACGGGGUGAACGCCAGUGCUGGACUGACCCCAUCCUCUGCGAGAAGAUUCGAGUCCGACUGGAGUAUCUUUGCAAUCUUGGAUAGCUACGCCCAAAUCUCGAGGCCAAGACUCUGGAAGGCCUUGCGGUCAUUUAAUGAUAUCAGUACAAGCAUAUAUAUCAUCAGCUUGAAAUAUCUAUCUAGCAACUAAAAAGUAACAUGCAGUAGAUACUGUAUCUACGGUGUAAUUAAAGUACUUGGUUAGAGCGGAGAGGAUGCCUUAGGCAUUUGAGUACCUAGGUAGUACAAUAUAAGAACUCCGCUAUUUCCCC